CACGAAACAGAGUGGACGCUUGCAGUUUGUAGAUAAAUCAACGAAAUAUACGAGAUUUUUCGACGUGAUAAGACGAUGGCUAGGACUAAGUCGAAAAAAACACGAGAAGAAAAGUUAGUUGAAGCAAAAUUACGUAGAAGAAAGAAGUAUGAGGAAAUUAAAAAUGACCCCGAAAAAUACGCCGUUCAAAAAGAAAAAGAACGACUGAGAUACUUGAAGCGUAAGGAACAAAAACAAAUCAAGAGUGCGGCUGAUAUGACGCCAAGAGAAAAAAGACUUCAAAGAAAGAAAUGGAAGGAAAAUACCAAAAGAUACAUAGAAAAACAGAAAGCAAAUAGAAGAAUUCAGCAAUUGUUAAUAGAUGGCACCCCACCGUCAAGCGACCGUGAAGAUACUGUAGAUUUAAUUAAUCAGCAAGAUCCAUUAGAAGGAACAUCUCGCGAAGCUAAUAGUGUAAUUAAUGCAAAUUGCAAACUUUGCCAAAAAAAAAUAUAUUUGAUAAGGAAGAUACGAUACGUACACAAAAAUGAAAUAAGUAAACUCAAGAAAGAGAAAGAAAAAGUUGAAAAGGAAAGAGAUGCAAUUAAAAGGGCGUUAAGAAGGAUAACUAAGAAAAACCAAAUACGACAAGAUCAUCACAGCCAAAAGAAUACACAAGAGAAAGUAGAUAGGCUAGUAGAAACUAUAGACGAGAAUAAGCGGGAAGAAGUAAAAAAGAAGUUAUUAUUCAGUGAGAUAGUAAGUAGAAAUUUAUCCGAAGGGUAUAAUUGCCUUAAAAAGAAAGAAAAACGCAUAUUUAGCGACAUUGUAAUUCGAAACAGAGACAAAUUUAAAAAGCACAAAAUAUUAGGAAUGACUAGCACCUUUUCAGUACGACCCAAAUCUCAAGAACAAAAUAUAAAAUGUAAUAAAAUAGACAUCAAACAAUUAAUUGAAGAAUUUUUCCAGGAUGAUUUAAACACGAAGAUAUCUCCAGGGAAAAAUGAAUUCAUAACUCGAAAUGGCGGCGAUAUGGGCUCAUCUGCUACCACUGCUUGCCUAUAUCCAAGAAAUAUCACCGUCGAUUGA